GCCUUAUUUAUUAUUAUUUUGCCGUUCAUCGUUAUCUUGUGUAUAAUGAAUUACAGUGUCUAAAUGAAUGGAUUAGUAUUAUAUUUUUGUUCAAGAGUAUUUUAACAGUGUCUAUAACUGCCAAUUUAAAACUCGAGUAUAAUUUUUGUAUUAAUAGUAAACAAAGCAUGGUCAUGUUUAGGAUCAGAACUGUCAACUAGCUUAUGGAGACGAAAAGAACUGUGGUUUGUAAACUAGCAUUUAAAAAAGGGAAGGCGCUUCUAAUGUUACGAGUGUUUAGCAUUCAGUUACACUGACAGUAUGGCAAAUCACUAUGACAUCCCGUCAUGGGCUGGAAAACCACCUGUGGGACUUCAUCUUGAUGUUUUGAAAGUUGAUAAAUUAAUACAGAAACUGAUGAUUGAUGAAAAGAAAUGUUACUUAUUUGGUCGAAAUCCUGAAUUAAAUGAUUUUUGUAUUGAUCAUGCUUCCUGUUCAAGAGUUCAUGCAGCUCUAGUAUAUCACAAGCAUUUGAACCGUACAUUUUUAGUAGAUCUUGGAAGUACUCAUGGCACAUUCAUUGGUAGUAUUAGGUUAGAACCACAUAAACCUACUCAGUUACCAGUUGAUAGCAAGUUUCAUUUUGGUGCAUCUACGCGAAUGUACAUAUUACGUGAAAGACCUCAGAAAGCCAACCGUUCAUCAUCGGAGGAUCUGGAGAAGAAAAGUGAUGAAUUAGAAGGUGGUUUGUUGGGUCUUCCUGAAACAGAAACUGAAUUAGAUAAUCUUACUGAAUUUAAUACUGCUCACAAUAGAAGAAUAACUAUAUUGGGUAUCACAGAUGAAGAAAUAAAACCACCAAACAGAAAGAGGAAAAGUAUUUCUGUUCAUUUCAGUAAUGAAGAAGAUAUUAUAAAUCCUGAGGACAUAGAUCCUACUGUAGGUCGCUUUCGUAACUUAGUUCAAUCUGCCAUCAUACCUAAUAAACGACAAAGAGAAGAAUCAUCCAAUUUAUUUGGUACUGGACUCAAUUCCAAUCCAGCUAAAAGAAUGUCUCAGUCAUUUCAUACAGCUAAUGAUGUUUCUCGCUCAGACUCUGGACAUGGUCCAAUCAGUCCGUUGUUCACACCAUCACUGUCUGUGAAGUUAGGUUUGCAUCUACCAAAUCCAGCACCAGAUAUAGAUUUAGAACCUCCAGAAGUAAUACCUGAUUACACCAUAACUGUUCCAAACACUAAUAUUGUUAAUGAAGCAAAUAUGGCACCAGAACCCAAGAAGAAGAAAUACGCAAAAGAAGCAUGGCCUGGGAAAAAACCAACUCCAUCUUUGCUUGUUUGAUAAAAAAAAAUUUCAGUAUUGAUUAAAGAUUUUAAACCAUGCUUGAAAA